GCUUCGCUGUGUAUAAAAAAAAAGAUUGAAUGUCACACCUAGCAUUCAUUAUCUGAUUGCUUAGAGAAAUCCAGCUCGUGUCGACACUAAUUGAAAGGAUAUUAAAUAAACAAUAAAGCUUAUCAUCAGCUAGAUAUUUGCAGAAUGUCGCUAAUCUGAUCUAAAGCCGCAAAGUGUUGUAAAAUUGAUAUCAACUGAAAACCUUCAUUUCAUUGAUCAAAUUUCUUAUUCAUGGAAUUUACCAUUUUUAGCUUCACUUCUCUACAUGUAAAUCAUCCGCGUAUAAUUAUCAGCCAGUUAGUUUUUCAUCAUCAAUCAACACAAAACAACAAAGACCAAGUGUGUUCGAAGUUUUUUAAAUAGUUGUGCGCAGCUGAUUAAAAAUUAAAUGUGUUAUGUGAGCUUUUGCUGUGAUUGAAACUGUAUGAGAUUGAGAAUAUGAUCCAAAUUUAUUACUGACUCUUAUGACAAAAACGCACUUUUUAUGGUUCCAAGUUAACAACAAUCUCCGACAUCAAAACCACGUCCAAUUUCUUUGCACAGCACUUUCAGGCCCAGAUUCAAAAUGAUUCAGCAAACAUUCUGUGAUAGGAAUUAAACCUGAAACUGCAGCGAGCAUACCUUAUCUGAAUAGAUUACCCUUGCAAAUUAACUUUAUUGAGUGUACAGUUUAUUAGGCAUCGCCUGUAGUUUUCGACAAAUCUACAAGUACACUCGGAUUAACAUCGGAAGAAUCGACAUGAAACUUGGUUAAUUACGCUUGCAAUCAUAGACUUAGUUUUAAUACUACGGGUUUAUGAUGAAAACAAAAUCAAUCAGCGUGUUUAUUAACAAAUGAUCAAAAUUUUUUGUUCCCAAAUUGAUCGUCUCGGCUAGUUGAAAUUUUGACUGGCUGAAAGCAGAGACAAAUUACAGUCGGUUAAGAUUUCAUCAAUAAGUAUUAAUUGGCAUUGCUGGUGCAGCAUUCUUUGACCCCUUUUUUUACAAAGUUAUAAUAAAAAAUUGUUACCUUGAGAAUCUAAAAAAUAGACGAGGAAAAAAGAUAGGAAGAAGAAGAAGCAACGUGUGAUGCAGAGUGUGAAGUGUGUGUUGGUGGGGGAUGGGGCGGUGGGGAAGACGUGUAUGCUGAUCAGACUCACCCAGAACCACUUCCCCACUCAGUAUGUGCCCACUGUGUUCGACACAUACGACUUCAAGUUCACAGUCCACGACAGACCCGUCUGCCUCAAGUUGUGGGACACUGCCGGCCAGGAGGACUAUGACAGAUUGCGGCCCCUCUCCUAUAGUGGCACAGAUGUGUUCCUUCUGUGCUACUCAAUCGACUCCCCCACCUCCCUCGAGAACUGCUGCUCCAAGUGGAUACACGAACUGCGCCACUACUGCGACGCAACAGUUCCGAUUGUUCUCGUCGGGACCAAAAUGGACCUUCGCAAACAGAGUGGCCGACUAAAGUGUGUGAGAAGUGAAGAGGGGGCAAAAAUGGCCUACAAAAUAGGAGCCAAUAAACACACAGAGUGUUCUGCUCAGACGGACGAGGGCUUGAGGGAUGUGUUCGUUGAGGCUGUCGAACUCGUGCUGACAAAACCGAAGCAGAACAAAAAGAAGAAAAAGUGCGAAAUCUUCUAAUAGUGCUCCUCGAUUUAUUUAUGGAUUAUUAUUGCAAUACACGCUUUUCGAGUUUAAUUC